GUGCAACCUGAAAAUAGCUUACUGCGAUUUACCUUCAAAGUCGACACGUUCUUCAGUUUCAGAUUAAAGAGCUGAAAAUAAAUUUAGUGGUUUACUUCAGCCUAUUGCGCAAUUUUCACCGUUUGACAAAUGGCAUCAGUCAUAUUGUUCUUUGUAGUCAUUGUUCUGUCAUCCUUCCAUCCGGCAAAAGGUCUAACCUAUCAAACAAGAGACGCCAUCAUUAUCGAAGCCGAUGAUGUCAUUAGAAUCAAUGACCCGUAUCAGUCAGCUACUUUAGCCAGCAACACCUUAGGGGUGAAAGAUGGAUCGUGCUUUACGAGGAGUGGGCAUCUCGGCUCUUGCAAAUCAAUUCGCACUUGCUAUCCAACAACGAAAUGGCACCAAUUAAAUCAGCUGGAAACCUGGACGAUUAUCUCGCGUGACACGUGCGUCUACUCCGGAGAAGAAGGCAGACAGGUAUACGGAGUUUGUUGCACGACUCCAUUCGUCAACGAUGGCAAUGAUGAGGAUAACAAGAAGAUUUCCGGAUCUACGCUGGCUGUUCCUGUUAAUCCGUAUACCGGGCAACCCAAUAACGGACCAUCAAAUUAUCACUUAUGGUUUCAAAACACAUCGAACAAUAUUAAAACGACAACUACGGAUUCAGGUAACAGUGUGCUUGAUUCCAAAGAAACCGUUCAAUGCGGUGCUGGACCGACAAAAAUGCUGAGCUAUGACGAGCAGCGCAUAGUAGGGGGAACUGCAGCUGAGAAAAAUUCUUGGCCUAGCAUUGUAUCACUGAGAUUAAACGGUCGAUUCUUUUGUGGGGGAUCUCUGAUUGCUGCUGAUAAAAUCUUGACAGCCGCUCAUUGCGUCGACAAAGUGUCAUCGACAGAAAUGAAACAAUUGACCGUGGACCUCGGCAUGCAUAAGCUGAAUCCAAGCGAUGCCCAAGAAACGAAAUCGGUCGGACAGAUAACAAUUCACAGAGGAUGGGACUCCAACACUAAUCGCAACGACAUCGCCAUUUUAACCCUCGAGUCUCCCGUGACUUAUUCGAAAGACGUUUCACCAAUAUGUUUACCAUCGGUAGGUUUAAACGAUCAGUUCGUCAAUAAAGAUGCGGCAAUCAUCGGAUGGGGAACAACGAAAUCAGGUGGUACUUUGCCGGAUGUUCUACAGCAAGCAACUGUUAAAGUUCUUAACAACGUAAAAUGCAAAGAAAGUUAUCCGAGAUUAUUCAACAGUAUGCUUUGCGCCUCUGCUCCAAGAACUGACAGUUGCCAGGGUGACAGUGGUGGGCCACUGUUGGUCCGAACAUCGCCCGAUAGUCCUUGGACACAGACCGGCAUUGUUAGUUUUGGAAUAGGGUGUGCCUUAGCGAAAUUCCCUGGUGUUUAUACCAGGGUGACGUCGUUCAGACCUUGGAUUAAACAAUAUGCAGGAGUCUAAUCACUGAAACUCUGUCAAAAAUAUUCAGAAAACAAACGAUUAUUUUAUACCGCUUGCUAACG